AUACAAAUAUACAUGUAUGAAUAAUUACAUAUAAUAUAUAAAUAUACACACGCCUCAUUUUGAAAUUGGUCCAUAUUUUUGUUUGGUUUAUUUAUUACUUUUUUUUUUUUUGUUCGUUUCUGACGGAGAAUUUUUUUCACUGUCGGAAAUCGAAAGUGUGUAAAAGCAGAUUCUUAAAAAAGUUGUUCCCGAAAAUCAGGGAAAAUUCUCACUAAACAGACCCCGUCUGGCACCCCUCUCUUCUAUGAGCAGGGGGCUGACAUUUUGAUGUUCACCCUUCAGGACACUGUGCAGCGGCGAGUGUCUGUCCAGCUACCACCGAUGAAAGAAGAACCGCUUUCUGGACAUUUACCUCCUGCAAGGAACUGGAUGCAGCCCACGGUGGUCGACCAUGGCGCAGGCAGACUUGACUCCUUAUGUGAGACGGAGCCAUUUAGUGUGGGGUUGGGUCGAGCCCACUUCGAAAAACAACCACCUAGUAACCUGCGAAAGAGCAACUUUUUCCAUUUUGUGCUCGCCAUGUACGAUCGCCAGGGCCAACCAGUCGAGGUGGAAAGGACAGCAUUCAUAGACUUCGUUGAAAAAGAUCAGGAAUCAGAUAGCCAGAAAACCAAUAAUGGAAUACAUUAUAGGUUACAGCUGUUAUAUGCUAACGGUGUUCGACAAGAACAGGAUCUUUACGUUAGACUGAUUGACUCUGUAACUAAACAGGCCAUCGUUUACGAGGGCCAAGACAAGAAUCCCGAAAUGUGUCGGGUGUUAUUAACACACGAAAUAAUGUGCAGUCGAUGUUGCGACAAAAAGAGUUGUGGAAAUAGAAAUGAAACACCUUCAGAUCCAGUCAUAAUCGAUAGAUUCUUCCUCAAGUUUUUCAUGAAGUGUAAUCAGAACUGCUUAAAAAAUGCUGGAAAUCCAAGGGACAUGCGGCGGUUCCAAGUCGCUGUUUCAACGGUGGUCUCAAUAGAUGGACCUUUACUCACAGUAUCGGACAAUAUGUUUGUGCACAAUAACUCAAAGCAUGGCCGUAGAGCCAGGCGGCUAGAUCCAACAGAAGGAGCCUAUCAUAUGGGCAAAGAGUUAUUGUUGGACCACGGCCUGGGACCUUUGAACGCUCGAGCCACACCCUGUAUCAAAGCAAUUUGUCCAAAUGAGGGCUGGACAACCGGUGGAACAACGGUCAUCAUCAUAGGCGACAAUUUCUUUGACGGUCUACAAGUCGUGUUUGGUACCAUGCUGGUAUGGAGUGAGUUGAUCACCUCUCACGCUAUCAGGGUACAGACUCCACCUCGACACAUUCCAGGGGUAGUGGAGGUGACAUUAUCCUAUAAGUCGAAGCAGUUUUGUAAAGGUGCACCCGGCCGAUUUGUAUAUACAGCCUUAACAGAACCGACUAUAGACUACGGAUUUCAGAGGCUUAUGAAACUUGUACCCAGACACCCUGGAGACCCAGAACGGUUACCAAAGGAAAUCAUCUUGAAGCGAGCGGCAGAUCUAGCUGAGGCCUUAUACAGCAUGCCCCGCAACCCUAACCAGCUGUCUCUGCCAGCACCCCGUUCACCUGCCAUGAACAACACGUCAGCGAUGUCCAGUUUCAAUACCUACACAAGCCAGUUGGCUGUUAGUGUCCAGGACGCGGCCAAUGGUCAGUGGGAAGAAGGUUAUGGCCGCGGUCAAAGUUCAAGCGUUUCGCCACGAGGUUAUGGUUCGAACGGCUCAACUCCACAUAGUAGCAGCAGUAGUAGCUACAGUACUACAGGCAUGAACGGUUACCAUGGAAGCGCGGGUGGGCUUGGAAAUAUGGGUCUGCUCCCGCCACCGUUCUCACCGCCACCACACCCACCACUUCCACCACUGCCGCCACCACCACCACCAUCACGCCCACCAUCAGUGAUUUCCAGUAGUUCCUGUCAGUUGUCAUCCAUGGGCUUCGGUUCGAUCGCCAGCGACGCUUUAUCACAAUCGUCGCCCUACCUCGGACACACAAACAGCCUCGCCGUCAACAGCCUCAUCAACAACAGUCAUCUCCAUCACAACAACAGCAGCAACAGCAACAACUACAACAACAACAGCAGUAGCAGUCCUCACAGUAGCAGUCACAGCAGUAACAACAAUAAUAACAACAGUACUGAUAUGAACAAUGUAUAUAGUGCAGCGAGUGGUGGGUCUUUCACGUUUUCGCCCGUCAACAUGGUCAGUGUUGUGAAAGAGAAGAGUGCAUUCGCACCUGUGUCGCGACUGAGCAACAGUCCACUCGGAAUGUGCACGGCGCCUGUGCGCAGCAGUCUGCAAGGUUUCGGCAGUAUGAUGUCUCCGCCAUUCCCGACAUUCAGCCCUUAUGCUCUGCCAUCGUGUAACGGUUAAGAAGACUAACAGCGUCUCAAGAAAAGCAUGCGAUCAACUAAUAAAAGAAAAAAAAAGUCGAACUAAAGCCACCAUAGACGAGGCGAUACCGUUACGCCUACUACUAUGACAACUACUACUACUACUACUAUCAAUAAUAAUAAUCAUGAUGAUGAUGAUAAUGAUAAUAAUAAUAAUAAUAAUGAUAAUAAUAAUGACGACGACAACAACGACGGCGGUGAUGAUGAUGACGAUGACGAUGACGACGACGACAACGACGACGAUGAUGAUGGUGAUGAUGAUGAUGAAGAUGAUCUCUUUACUGGCCACGCGGGCCCAAGACAUUCACGAUUAAUAAUAAGAAUAAUAAUAAUUUCUUUAUUGACUACGAGGACUGAAGAAAUCCAAAGACAAAAAACAGUGGGCAUUUAAAUAAUAAUAAUAAUAAUAAUAAUAAUAAUAACAGCAAUAACAACGACGACGACGACGACGACGAUGAAGAUGAUGAUGAUGAUGAUGAUGAUCAGGAUAACUUUUUCAGUUGCCACAGGGGUAUCAAAUGAGGGAAAUAUUAAAAGAAGAGAUGAGGAGAGAAUAGAAGAGGAGAGCAGGAGAAAAGAAAAAGGAGGAAGGGAAGAGGAGGAGGAGGAGCUUUAAACCAGCGUUAUUUGAAGUUUCAAUAUGGUUAUAUGUAAUAAAGUUAGAGUCAACCGAUAGAAUGGAUUAUUUAUUAUUUUACCUGAUAUUUAUAAAAUUUAAACGACUUUAAAACUUUGCAUGAGAAAAACAUUUCUGUUAUAAGUUUUAAAAUAAUUUGUUACCGAAUAAAACAUGAGCAAAAUCUGCAGUCUUUCUUGUUUCCAGUGUAAAAACUCUCUGUGAUGUGUCCCAGUGUAGUUCGAAGAUUUUAGAUUAAAUACGUUCUUAGCUAAUAUAAUUGAAUUACAUAAGUUUUUAUACCAGAAGCUGUGAGUAUGUAUGUUGGAACGGUAUUUAAAGGAAUUAGAAGCUGAUCCUACAUAAUACCGGGUGUCUGCUGAUGCAAUGACGCUAGAUCUGUUGAUAACGUUGCGCCGCACACCCACGAAAUGUUGUUGACGUUCUAACAUAAUAUGUGUGAGUGUGUGUGUGUGUGUGUGUGCGUAUGGGUUUUGUUAAGUCAUUGUUCGGGCUUUUGUUUUCUUUUUCAUUGUCUAUGUAUAGUGUAAUUAUGUGUCUGUGCGUGUGUGUAUGUAUGUGGCAGACCAAAACGAAACCGCGUCACGGUCCUUUUUAUACGAUUCAACUCAAAUCCUAGCGAGGUCAGCUUUUUUCUCAU